AUGCCCGGCGGAAGUCAAAACGAGGACUCCAUCGGUCUCGCUGCUCGGUUUACCAAGCUCCAGGACCUGAGCGACGCCGACAAGGUCCUGAUCGAGAGGCUGCAGCGACAGCAGGAGGAUCUCACCCGCAAGAAUGAGGAGCUGCAGGUGGCGGCCGACGUCAGGCAAGCCGAGCUGGACAGGGUGCGCGAGCAGCUCUCUUCGAGUGAGAGGCAGCGGGGGAGGGUCGACUCGCAGCUUGAGGCCAUGCAGUCGCGAUUUCGCCGCUCAGAGUCAGACCUGGCGGCCAGGGUGUCGGAAGCGGAGCGGCACGAAGAGGCUGCCGCGGGAGCCAAGGCGCUCGCGGUCAGCGAGAAAUCCCGUGCGGAUGGAGCGGAGAGGCGUGCACAAGACGCGGAGAGGCGGGCUUCAGGUGCGGAGAGGCGGGUGGAGGGUGCCGAGGCAUCUUCGGCAGCGGCGACAGCCGCGGCGAGGCAGGCAGGGUCUCUCGCGGCUAAAGAGGUGGCAGCACUGUCCGGCCGGUGCUCAGAGCUCGAGAGGAGGCUGUGCCAGGCGGAAGCGGCGGCGCGAGAGGCCAGCCAGGCCGAGUUCUCGAGAAUGACUGACGCGAUUAGCGGGCUUGAGGGAAGGGCUAGAGCCAGCGAGGCUGCCGCAGCGCAGGCGGGAAAGGUUGCUGCAAAGGAGAUUGCACAGCUGCAGGAUGAGAUUGAACAGCUGAAGGAUGAGCUACGACAGGAGUGCGACCAGGCAGAGCGUGCUUUAGCGCGGGUUGCAGAAGGGCAAAACGCGGCGGCUCACGAGGCGGAGGCCGUGCGGAUGGUGGCGGCUGAGGAGGCCGCAAACGCCAAGCGGGAGGCAUCACGCGAGCGUGAGCGCGCCGCGGCAGCCGUAGAAGCGGCGGGGGCUGCGGCGGCGCGCGCUGGCGCGCUUGCAGCGGAGGAGAUUGCGGAGUUGCGCAAGGACAAGGCCGCGGCAGAGCGACUGGCCGAGACAGCCCAGCAGGAGGCGCAGAUGGCCCGACAAGAGGCGGCUAGAUUGCGUGACUCGAAGGACGCGCUCGAACGAGCCAACGCCGAGGCGACAGACCGGCGCUCGAAGGCGGAGGAGGCGAGAGUGGUGGCUGUGGCAGCGCUAGAGCGGCGGCUGGGUGCUGCGGAGACCGAGCUGCGGCGUGAGCGAGGGAUGGCAGAGGCUGCCAAAGUUCAGAGCGAGAAGCUGUCCGGUGAGCUGUCCGAGCUCCGCUCGCAGAUGCUUGCGCAGCGGGAGCGUGCCGAGGCAGAGGCUGUGGCAGCGGCCUCUGAUCUACAGGCUCGCAACGCGGGUCUCGAAGCGCGUGAGGCGCAGCUGGCGACGGCGCUCGGGCAGGCGCUCAAGGCGGAGGAGGCGAUGGAGGCAUGUCUCACCUGCAUGGCUUGCCUGAACAUCCUGCGCGAACCAACGUCCUGCGUACCGUGCGGCCACUCAUGGUGUGCCCAGUGCCUCGCCGACGCGGGCGGCGCCUGCCCCGAGUGUCACUCUGCGGGGAGCGGUGCGGCCGCGCCCCUCACGAUCUACCCCUCGGUCACUGUGCCGUCCCUCGCCUCGCUCGCGGCCAACUUCGAGUUCCAAAAGAGGUCGCUGGCAUCUCUGGCCGAAGCGGCCGCGUCGAAGGCACGAGGCAGCGCGCGGCUAGCCGCCUAG